UUGUCUUUCCUUCGAUUUUGUCUAUUCUUUCGUAAGUGAAAUAUUUAAAGUGUCCUUAUAAUUUUUUUAAAUCUUUGUUUCCGUCUGAAAGUGUAGGAUCGAAACGAAUUCUCACGUUGAGGCGAAACAUUAAGAUGUAAACUGUCUAUCUCGUCAAAUCUUGAAAUUCUCUGGCUUGGGUAAUGGAGUGUAAUCUCUCCCAUCUCAAAAUACAUAAAAUGAAAGCGCAACUUAUUGACCAAUCUCGCCACACUCAGCUUUGAUAGUGGAAGCAUUUCAUUUUUUUAGCUUUUUUUCCUGAUUUGUUGCUAUGUAAAGUUAGGUUAACUUGUUCGACCGAAACGAGCGCGCGCUUUCCGUUCCGAAUUCAAAAAAUAUAUAUUCGCAAAUUUUUAUUAAGUAUUUUUGUUUAUGAUUUUCGCUUUGGAUCGUUUCUGAAAUAAAACCUUCUGUCAAGUGGGUAUUUAAAAAGGCUAGGCGUAUUCUCUACCAAAACAAGUUUGUUUUGACAUUCAUCUGUCAGGUAAAAUUGUUAUGCAGCAUGAAAGACUUCUGUACCACUACUGUUUGUUGUUAUCUGGCUUUGUAAGCCCGCCUUUCUUUAUUGGCAUUUGAGAUUCCUUUGGAGAUCAAGGCUAUGACAGAUCCCACUGUGACUUUCAAAAUGUUAACCCAAUAAGUCUCAAUUCCUGGCUGGAGAUAAACUAGAUGCAGAGAGAUGACUCGAACAAGAGAAAUAAGAAACAUUUUUGGAGGAUCAGGAUAUCUUUUAGCCAAAAGAUAUAUAAAAAUAUUUCAUCCACAAGGUAAGGUGAUUAGAAAUGCUUCUUGAGGUGUUUGUUUUCAUUGGCUAAAUAUUUGGAAUCCCAUAAUAGGGAUUUCCCUUGUACCCUCUAGGACCUUGAGUAGGUAUCAGGUAUUUUUAUUGAAGCUUUGAACAGCCCAAUUAUUUAGACAUUUCAGACAUAGAUAAAUUGAAUAACCAACAGGAUAAGUUGUAUGCUAAUAUAGAAUCAGUCUAUGUAUCCAGUCAAUCUACUACCAGCAAAUGCUGUUUAGAAGAAAUUUCAGCAAAACCUUAUGCAUCCUAAAAAGCAGACUCCAAAUACUUUGCAUAAAAUUUUUUGGCAUUUCUUUUCUUUUUUAAUUUUGGUGACCUCUGAGAUAACAACCAUGGAGAGUUCUCUAUUGUCUGAUCAAAUUGAGUUUUUGCCAGCCAUUCUGUUGUCAAGAUAACCAUCUUCAGAAGUACACUAAAUAUUUUAUUGUACAGUAAUGCUUUAUUCUGCCUGUUUUUCAAAACUUGAAUAAACAAUGUCUAAUGCAUAUGACACAAUAUAAAACAUGCUUACUCAGUCUGCUCAAUCUGCUUUUGCAAUAGAUAAAUAAAAAAAUCAGAGAAGAUGAACCAAAUGUGUGAGAAUUGUUUUUGUCUGUUAGAUAUAGAAUAUCAGAUUUUUUGCUUUAUUUUUAUCCCUUAAGUGCAAGUAUUUUGAUUAACUGGGGCUUGUGUGACAUUCCAUUUAUUGUGAAAAUGACUGAGUUUUACUGUUUAUCUCUUUUAGUUUGUAGGGUUGAUUUGUCAUGCAUUAACUAUCAAGGGUACAUUACUUCUCUUUGAUAUCUGGAAUUUAAGUUAUUAAAUCAUGUUGCUGCGUAUAUAUGUUUAAUUGACAGUUGAUGUAUGAUUAAGAACUAUACAUUUAAGACCUUACUGUCACACAGCUUGCUAUUAAUGAUAUUAAAUUUUCUUUAUUUAAACACAAGUUUUAUAAUCCCACACUUUUUUUUAAAUGCACUCUAGUUAUAAUAUUUUUUCAAAGUCGUUAGUUGCUCAUCUAGUCAUUGUCCAAAUUGUAUUGGCAGAUAUUUUAUUCUGUUGAAAGUGGUUUGCCUGUAGGGAACUAGUAAGGCCAAAAGGUCAGGGGCAAGCUUGAAUAGUUGAAACCUAUACCCAAACACUUUAUUUCAAGUGUGUCAGCAUAUUUUAAGUGUACUUCAGAUUGAAGGUGGUGAGCCAUUGGGCAAGGUGCUGUAGGGUAUCUUAGCCUAUCCUCCUUUUUUACAAGCAACUUUUAUAUCCGUAUACUUCAUUCUUCCCAUCAUGUCCUUGUAUCUGUUUUUUUUUUAUCAAUGAAUAGUGAAUAAAUAACGUGAGAGAUUUUAUAUUUUCUUUUGUCUAUACUCAUAAAAGUUCCUGUUUUUCAAUGUUUUCUUGUUCUAGAAAGCACUUAUUGCUAUACAUUCCAAACAUUCAUGAAUAAAACAUUAAAAUCAUAUUCUCCUUUCCAGUUGCUGAAUGAAUGAUAUUUACUAAGAGUUAGAUUAUAUCUCCUGAAAGCCACAUCUAAUAUUUUUUUUUGUUUUCAAGUAGGUGAGAUAUCAGGAAUAUUCUAUUUUCUUAUUAGGAUUUUUUUCAAAUAAGAAAGAGUUGUAAUCCAAGAUGACCCAGUUUUGAUAAAGUAUGACCUAUAACUCUUUUAGAGAACCACAUUUAUAGCAGUACUUCACACCCCUAAACAUCCCUUGAUCACUUGUAUCCUUAACCCCCAUAUAUAUGAUAGCGGUUUCGUUCUCGUGUAGAUCACAAGAGGCUGUCUUCAGGUUUAAUAAUGCAACAGAUAUUUUCGCCAUUUUGUAUUGUACAUUUGACAGAUUAGUUUGCUAAGGUGUUAAUUUGACAAAGAUCCUCUGUAGGGUGUCAUGGCCUAAUUGUCUAAGGACUCACCAUUUUAUACUGUUUUACACGACCACAAGAUUCUUUGAGGGCGCUCGAGCUUUUAGAUGAACAACUCAGCUUUUCAAAGGGUUAAUUUUAGAAAAACACGAUUUCACGCCAACGACGGGAUUAAUGAUCAGAAUGCGUUGCUCUUAGAAACACGAUUUUAGUCUCUAUCUCACCGAAACACUUAAAGAAUUCUCAAAAAGAUAAGAAAACGUCUGUUGAAUUGAUUUUCCUUUUUCUGUUCGUAGAAGACACCAAAUUGAACCCCAAUAUUACCUUAUUUUUGUUCCCUUCAAUAGAAAAAGAGAAAAAGUUUACUUUGGCGAAGAUAUACUCAAUUUAAGUGAGCCAGAUUGAAUGAUCCGUUGUUUUCUCAAAACCGAACGAUCAUGGUGAAUGAUUUUUUAUGGUAACAAGUUAAAAAAACAUCUGUUAUUCUCAAUGCAGUACGUGUUUAGAUCUGAAAUAGAAAUAUCACUUGAAAAAAAAGUUUAGUAUCGCAUGUUUUUAACUGUGAGCGCGAGAGACUGUGGUUAGUGAGGAGGAUAAGAAAAAACGAGACAGAAAGGCCCACAGUAUAGCGGUCUCACCGCGCACUGUGAAACAGAGGUUACGACAACGUCAGAAGAGGGCAGACCCCUUGAGUUGGCGCUGACCGCAGAAUCCAGGGCUGGUGAACCAACCAACAUGGCCGAACAACCAUCUACGGCUGCUGUGGCCGAGACCAUAGCACCAGGUUCACAACAAACGGACACGGCUCACGAGGGUAAACAAGAUGAGCCGCACAAAACGCCAAGCAAGCCCCAGAAAGGGGACAAGCCUGUACCAGUCAUCACAGACAUCGAGAAGAGAGCCAUACGCGAGCGAAGGCCCAGUGAUCCAAUAGUCGUGCCGGACGAGCAUGGAACGCCGAUUUAUGGCAAGGAAAGUUCUCAAAAAGCCCGAGAGGAAGAGAGAAAGAAAGCGGGAUAUGGGAAGUACGCUAGCGGGCUACGUAGGGGUGAUGCUCACUCGGAGAUCCAGAAAAGAAAGGAAAAAUAUGCGGCGGCUUUAGAGGGAGUGAAGUUUGAUCAAGACGAGUUGGAUGCGAUUGACGUGGGUGACAAUCUAGGUGAACCCGAUAUUAAAUUUACAGCGCCUGUUAAUAGAAUCAAACAGCAGUAUCUCUCCUCUGCGAGUGAGGAAGGUAAAGUUGUUCUACCCACAGAGGAGAGACCUACACCGCACUCUCUGCAGCCCCAAUGGCCGCCCCCAAGAGACGAGGCUGGGGGUGAACUCAAGCCUCAAGUGGUCGUAUUUGAGGGAAAGGAAGAAGUCCCUCGUCGCGAUGGAGUUGACGCCGGUCACGUAGAACCUGUAAACAAGCUGAAAUCGCAUUGGGCCAACCUCCCCGAAAAGUACAGGGAUAAACCGAUUGGAGUCAAUAAGCCGCAUGUAAAUAUCGUCGGAGAUAAAAAAUGGAUCACGCAUUUCAAACCCACCAUUGACGAAGGCGAGGCACCACAGGAACCCCAAUGGCUGGCCAACCUCCGACAUCGGCGCUGGAUGUCGACUGUGAAAGCGCGCUUCCCAGAAGACGAGCAAGAGCGAAUUGCAUUCGAACAGCGCUCGACAACGCCGCGUAAAUUAAAGAAGCAGAAUCCUUAUAGUGUAAUGCGCUCCAAAUCCGAUCUCGGCGCGGAUAGUGAUUUUGAGUUUGCGAUGCGUAGGCAGCGAAAGCGCGCCGAUAGUAUUGAAGAAGGCGGGCAAUAUAUUACCAAGUCUUCAUCUAGUUUUAUGAAAUCCGCGUCUUCGUUCCGCAGCGAGGCCGAUAGUACCGACGCCGGAGGUUUGAAUAAGGUUCCGGUGCUAGGGCCGAUCAAAGAGUACCUUAAGAACUUAUCCCUGGAGCGAGCCCGUAGCACUAUGCUCAAGUGGGCUUUUUCAGCAGAUGUAGUCGACGAGCCUUCCAGAUUCGAAUUACCCAAACCCAUUGAUCUCCUGAUCAUGGAUGAGAUGGAGAGGGAGCAGGAGUGGAAGUACGAGCAGGCACGGCAACGCUUUCUAGCGUCAAGCUCGGCGGUAUCCGCUCUCUCUGGGGUGUCUGCCGGGCCUGAUGACAUGUCUAUUCAAUCCUCUUCACAGGUAUCUUUUGCACUUGACCAAGAAGACGCCCCUGAUGGACAGCACAAGCCACCGGUCGAAGAGACCCUCGGGUUUAUCCCCAAACUCUCAGAAAUCCAGGAGAGACUGAAGGACGAAGUGACCAAGAAGCCGGUGCCCAAGACCGCCGCCAUCGAGGAGGAAGCUUCGAUCAUUCCAAAGUUCGAGGAGGUCAAGGACAAGUACCUAACACCGCGGGAGCAGCCUCCACCGGAUGCGUCCAAGAAACCCCUGUUCGAAACGGAGGGCAUUGAUGCAUUCGAGCACAUAGAUAAAAUCAAGGAACAAUUUCCCAAGCCCGAGGAGCCAAAAGAACUAACGAUGCCAAUGGCGACCGUGAAGGACGCUAAAGACUUCAAGAGGAUGAUGGAGGACAGGAAGAAGCAGACAGACGAGACUGCAGUGGAGUCUCCCGACGUAAAGACAGCAUCUGAGGCAGAUCAGCCUGUUGAGCCCAAGCAACCGGCGGACAAGUCUGCCAAAGAGGAACCCAAAGAUGCGAAAGCGGAAGAUUCAAAAGAAUCCCUGAAAUCCAAGCCAUUCCAGCUGUCAAAGGCCGGACAACCAAAGGCUACUCAAGCCAAGCAAGCUAAAGACCAGCAGAAAUCACUUUCAUUCGGCGACACCAAGGCCGUGGACACGGGGUCCAGUUCAAACCUCAAAUCGUUCGCGGAUCAUCGGCGUAAGCUACGUCCUGCACGUAAACACGCGCCUACCAGUAAUCCUCUAAAGGCGCGGCAGAACAGAGAGGACCUUCGCACAGAGACGGAUAUCUUGAUAUCCAAAAGCCAGCGCAACUAUGUCAAAGCGGAUACCGAGGAACUCGUCCUACCGGCUACCAAGGCUGUUAAGAAGCACUCGGUCGUUAGGAGAAAUACUGAUCCGAUCCUGGCCAGUGAAGCCAUUCAAGCACUGUCCGCCAAGGAGAAUCUGGCGAAAGCAAGUGCGAUGCUCAGAAAGACAGCGAAAAACACGGAGGGGAUCAGCACAGAAAUAAAGGAAUUCGGCGGCUUCCUUCCGGUCAUGCUGAUGCAGAUCAAAGGCUACAGGCACUUGCAGACUCGCCUUGUGGAGCCAUCAGUCAAGUCACUCAACUCGGGUGAUGCCUUCGUUUUGGUCACGCCCAAGAGCGUGUAUGUGUGGAUAGGGCGGUCUGCGAACAUCAUGAAAAAAGCAAGGGCCGCCGAGGUGUCUACUAUUGUGGUAAAACAAAGAGACCUUGGUACGAAUGCCAAGAAAUCGCACUACAUCGAGCAAGACCAAGAAAGUGCAGCUACAGGCGUGACUUCCUUCUGGAAGCACCUUGGGGGCAGAGGCGCUAUCGCAGACGCCAAGGAUUUUCCAAGUGAUGAAGAGUACGAGAAAGGCGUCCACGCGACCAAUAUCGUGUACCGCGUGGACUACACGCACGAUCCGCCCGAGCUCAAGCGGCGAGACGACCUGUCUUGGCGGGUGCUCAGUGAGAAGUUCAUGGACCCCGACCAUGCGUACGUCCUUGACUUUGGGACCGAAGUGUACUUGUGGCUUGGCAGAAAUUGCACCCGCGCAGCAAGACUCAAGGGCAUGCCGCUGGCGCAAAAGGUCUUUGACGAAAAGUUCAAGUUUAAGAGCAAAAUCAACCCGAUUGACCCCAAAUGCGCGGCUAAAGACUUAGAAGAGCGCGAAGUGAAGCGGCCCCCCUGGGCACUACUCGGACGCAUGACCGCGCGGUCAGAGACGGUACUUUUCCGGGAAAAGUUUAUCGACUGGCCCGAUCACAACAUCGACUACAGCAAGGACUUCGUGAAAAAACCCCUGAGCGGCAGCUUUACGCAGCUGGCCUCUAACAAGAAAGGAAAGCCAGAGGAUCCUCAGAGUGAUUCCGCUGACCAAGCGGAUCGACCAGCAAGCAUUUUCGACCUGAAGUCGUAUGAUGUCAGAUUGAUGCUGGAGUCGCCUCCCGAGCCAUGCCUCGUACUGGAAGGAUUUGACGUUGGGCGUGGCACAGGUAGCGUGAACGAGGAGGGUUGGAGGUUCCAGGUCGAUACAAUCGACGUCAAGACUUGGCAUGUUAAGGAGUACUCGUACACGCCGCUGCCUGACGAGGACCGCGGGCACUUCCACUCCGCUGAAGGGUACGUCGUCCGGUGGAAAUACUGCGUGAAGCGAGUCGGUGUCCGUAAUCUAAAAGGCAAGGCCUCUAGGCAGGAGGAUGUUGGGCGCGAUAAGGUUGCAUACUUCUUUUGGCAGGGUCACGACUCUACCGUGAACGAGAAAGGCGCUGCCGCUCUUAUGACGGUCGAGAUCGACUCUGAAAAAGGACCUCAGGUGCUUGUAUCACAAGGAAAAGAGCCGCCAUGUUUUCCUCGUCUGUUCAACGGCAGGAUGGUAGUCCACCUGGGCAAGCGGGAUCCCCCUGAAGACGAAGAAGAUGAAGAGGACACUUGUAUCUUUAUCGUACGUAACGAAGAUCCUGCCGAGUCUUAUCUGCUCCAGGUCAAGACAAGUAUUUAUGCGCUGAGAUCCCGUACCUCGUUCGUGAUCGUGGACCUGAUCGAGCUUCUUCUCUAUGUUUGGCAUGGAGCCAAGUCCAGCACACAAACCAGGAAGAGUGCCUUGGACGCUGGCUCAGGACUCAUGACAUGGUUCAAUGAGAAGUUUCCCGAGGAUCCCCUUGAGCUUAAAGAGUUUGAUGAGGGUGACGAGACAGAACUGUUCUGGGAUGCGCUACGAGGCGAUCGUUCUCACGAGUCGCUCAUCAAUGACUCGCGGAAACACGAGUACACGUUGCGGGCGUUCCGAUUUACAAGCUCAAUGGGUCAAUUCGAAGCGCACGAAGUCUUGUGCCCAAGCCGAUCAUCAACGUACGUCACGCCAUACCCUAUACUACAGUCUCAACUAUAUUCGGCUCAACAACCAGCCUUGUUUCUGAUCGACGCACAUCACGAGCUGUACAUGUGGCAAGGCUGGUGGCCCCACGAGCCAGGAAAUGACGGACAGGUGUCAACCACAGGCUCUGCCCAGACGCGUUUAAACAACGACAGACGCCUCGCCAUGGAAACUAUAAAAUCAUACGCACAAGCACUUAAACGCGACCUCUCAAAAGCUUACAUAGUGUUCGCAGGCCUGGAACCAAAGGCCUUCAAGGCUUUAUUCCCGUUUUGGGAAAACCGCAAAGACGUGUCAGAGAUUAAUAUUGAGGCUGGAAGGAAAAAGAUUGAAGUCUUAAAGCUUGAGGAAGAGCUUGCUCGUCUUUCACGUGACAAUUACACGCUGAAGGAACUACAGCAGAAGCCUCUGCCGGAAGGAGUUGACCCGACUCGCCUAGAGAUGUACCUCGACAACGCCGAGUUCCAGAAAGCGUUUAGCAUGUCAAAGAAGGAUUUCGACCAUCUGGCCGCCUGGAAAAAGCUUAACUUGAAAAAGAAAGUGAACCUGUAUUAAAGACUGCCACACCUCUGCUAUUGAUUAAACCAAUAUUUGAAAAGAAAAACCAAAAUAUCCACCUAAAAGUAAAACCUUAUGCUUUAUUUACAAAUUUGGAUCGAAAAUAUCAAAAGAGCUUUCCAAAAUCAGCCGAUUAAAAUAGAUUCUUUCUUACUUUUGGUACUUUGCUAGGAUAGCAAAAUGGCGGCUGGCAGAGGCUUUUUAGCAGGCUAAUAGGCCAUUCCAGCUAUAAGUUUGCGCGCGCAUAACCAUAGAAACCUACUUCAACUACCAGAAUGCAGCGCGCGCUUUUUUAAGCUUACUUCAAACGAAGAGCGCGCUGCAUGCCGGUAUUUGAGGUAGGUUCCCAUGGUGAGUGCGCGCGCAAGCUUAUAGCUGGAAUUGCCUAUUGGGAACCUCGCCAAACUGAGAGCACAGGGUGCAUGAACGCCAGGGAUAUCUAAACUUAGUGACAUACUUCGUCACACUCAACAUGGACCUGUUUAAGUCUUGAGAUCAUCAACGCAGUGGCGGGCACCCUGUGGAUCUUUAUUAUAAUAUCGCGCAUGCACACGUAGGUAUCAUACAUCAUGGUCUCUUGUCGGUAUACAUUAUCUUAGAAAUCGUGUACAUUAUUUUGUCGCAUUUAUGAAGAAAGCCGUCAAUUCCUGAUUGUACUGAGGUUACCCGUUAUGUAGAGCUUUCCUGCGCUUUUUAAAAUUAGAAGGAUUUGUUAGACGCGAAAACAAUACAUUGAGUACAACU